CCGCAUCGCCCACGUGAUCGCCUCCCCCCUCCGCGCGCCUGGGAUCACGGCUCGCUUCUCCGGCGCCCGGUUGCUACGAGGCGCGCCAGCCGCCCGCCCUCCCGGCUCCCCUUUGCGCGCCUCGGCGACGGUCCCUCCGCGACGGCGGGCUGGGCGCGGGGCGUGCCGCAUCCAGCCGGGCAGUCGCUCGUCUUCCCCCGAGCCCCGCCGGAGGAUGGCUGCUGGCGGCGGGGCUCUGAGCGCGCCGCCUUCGCUGGAGCCUCCGACGGCCACCCGGGGCGGAAAGUGACCGAGGCGCGCGCGGACAAAGGGGCGAGCGGAGGCGCCGCCGGCGGGGCUCCCCGGCGACCUCUCAGGCUUCCUCGGCCGGCGGCUCUCCGGGGACUGGCGGCGGGCGAGCGGCCGGCCGGCCAUGGAGACGGCGGAGAAGGAGUGCGGGGCGUUGGGCGGCCUUUUCCAAGCUAUCGUCAACGACAUGAAGAGUUCCUAUCCCAUCUGGGAAGACUUCAACUCCAAGGCAACUAAACUCCACUCUCAGCUGCGGACUACUGUCCUGGCUGCCGUAGCCUUUCUGGAUGCCUUCCAGAAAGUAGCAGACAUGGCCACCAACGCGCGAGGAGCCACGAGGGACAUCGGCUCAGCACUGACCCGGAUGUGUAUGCGGCACCGCAGCAUCGAAGCCAAACUGAGGCAAUUUACCAAUGCCCUGAUGGAGAGCCUGAUUAACCCCCUGCAGGACCGGAUAGAAGACUGGAAGAAAACAGCUAACCAGCUUGACAAAGAUCAUGCAAAAGAAUACAAACGAGCCCGUCAUGAGAUAAAGAAGAAGUCCUCUGACACGCUGAAACUUCAGAAGAAAGCUCGCAAAGGUAAAGGGGACCUGCAGCCUCAACUGGACAGCGCCCUCCAAGAUGUCAAUGACAUGUACCUCCUCUUGGAAGAAACGGAGAAACAGGCUGUGCGCAAGGCACUCAUCGAGGAACGAGGGCGGUUCUGCACCUUCACUGCUUACUUGCAGCCUGUGGUGAAUGGAGAGAUCACCAUGCUUGGAGAGAUCACCCACCUGCAGGGCAUCAUUGAUGAUCUGGUGGUCCUGACAGCUGACCCCCACAAAUUGCCAUCAGCCAGUGAACAGGUGAUCAAAGAUUUGAAGGGCUCCGAUUACAGCUGGUCAUACCAGACCCCGCCGUCCUCUCCCAGCAGCUCUGGGUCCCGGAAGUCCAGCGUGUGCAGCAGCAUGGCACAGCCGGUAAAUGCCAACACCCGCCUGUCCAGCGUCUCAUCGCAUGACUCUGGCUUCAUCUCCCAGGAUGCCAUGUUCUCCAAGCCGCCUUCGCCAAUGCCCUCAGACCUCACCAAUCAGAAAUCCUCCAGCUCCGCAUCGUCCGAAGCCUCAGAAACCUGCCAGUCUGUUAGUGAAUGCAACUCCCCAACCUCGUGGAAAUCUCUGCAUGUAGCUCAUGUGGCCAGGACUGAAGGAAGCUCCAGAAGAAGCCUUAGCUUGGGCACUGCUAUUGCGUGCAGAUUGAAGUGCUCCAGAAAUGACCCUUCGGCACACAAGAGGGAGAAGCGGCACCUUUGCAAGGAUUGGUCUAAAGCCAACCUCUACGAGCAGCCAGUGGGAAAUACACUACAGCGAAGAAGAGACCGCAUCGAGCAUCUCCGUGAGGCAGAGAUGAGCUCCACCACCACCCUGGUGUAUCCGGGAGUUAGCUUGGAGGAAGGGCCCAGGCCUCGCAUGUCCCCAGCCUCUAUCGCUGCCAAGCAUGGGGAGGAGGUGUCCCCUGCUGCCAGUGACCUGGCGAUGGUGCUGACCCGUGGCUUGAGCCUGGAGCACCAGAAGAGUAGCCGGGACUCACUGCAAUACUCCAGCGGCUACAGCACCCAGACCACCACGCCCUCCUGCUCUGAGGACACCAUCCCCUCGCAAGGCUCAGAUUACGACUGCUAUUCAGUGAACGGUGAUGCUGAAGGGGAGGCCCAGGGCGAAUUUGACAAAUCUUCAACCAUCCCUCGCAAUAGCAACAUUGCCCAGAAUUACCGGCGCAUGAUCCAGACCAAGCGACCAGCUUCUACAGCUGGCCUGCCCACUGGUGCCACGCCAGGAGUGGCCACCAUUCGCCGCACCCCAUCCACUAAGCCCACAGUACGCCGAACCCUCUCCAAUGCUGGUCCUAUUCCCAUCAGACCCCCCAUCGUCCCUGUCAAGACUCCCACCGUGCCAGACUCCCCUGAUACCACCAGCUGCACCCGGGUGGGCAGUGAGGAGUGUGUCUUCUAUGCUGAUGAUGCCUCACCAAGCGCCAUGGACUUCUCCAAAUCCUCGCCAAAGAGGCUGAGCUUGCCCAACACUGCCUGGGGCAGCAAUGUCAUGGAGAUCUCAGUGUGUGCAGGGGCUGGGAAACAGCUCUCCACCGAGGAGGAAGAGCAGCAGCUGGCAGCCAACCGGCACAGCCUGGUGGAGAAGAUUGGUGAGCUGGUGGCCAGUGCCCAUGCCCUUGGUGAGGGCCAGUUUCCCUUCCCCACAGUGCUGUCUGUCCUCGGUCCUGGACAAGUGAUGCCCGCUCCUCCCCCUGCAGCCUCCAGCGACCCGCCUGCAGAGGAUAUGCUGGUAGCCAUUCGGCGUGGGGUGCGCCUGCGCAGGACCAUCACCAAUGACAGGUCGGCGCCGCGGUUUUUGUGAUGCAGUCUUACCAGCUGCCUACUCACUGCAUAUUCUGCGGUCAGAGAGCAACAGUGGAGUCACGGCUGAACCAGGAGAAAUGGAAGAGAAUUAACAAAACCACAAAAGGCAAAGCCACUUUCGGGAGAUAGUGUCAGAGUCUAGAUUUAAAAGACCAAACUCAAUGCCUUCGCUAACAAACCCACAAGGGCACAGCCUAGCACAGAACUGGUUUUGGAGCCUAUUUUCUAUGUUGCUUUUCAUCUGCUGCCCUGCCAGGUUCCCUUUCCCUUCUGCGCCUUCCUUAUUCCUCUCCUGUAGGCAUCCGCUGUUGCCACCACCAUGCUGGAGGCCAUCUCUGCGAUAGGUUUGUCGGGGAGGAGUGAAAAUCUGGAUCGAGCCGCUACAGUCUUCUUAGGGGAAACAACACACACAACCACAUGGCAAUGAAAUGGAGGCUGUCCUUUCUAAAAAGAGCUCUCAUCUCCUCUGGACAGAAAAGGCACUAUGAGUCCUGUGCGGCACCUCUCCCCUCCCCCUUUCUUCGUCUCUCUUUUGUGCCAGUUCUUUUCUAUUUGCCAUCUGUUUGUAUCAGCUACUUCACGCAAGACUUUACAAGCAUUUACACCGAUAUAAACAGUCCCAGAAAGCCCAUUCCUGUUCCCAGAUGGGUCCUUGCGCAUCAAGGGCGUGCAAGCAGCAGUGAACGGGAGACCCACAGGCCUGUGUCACGUGGGAGGACUUUGUGCUUCCUAACCAAGGGCACCAUCCCCCGUGAGACGCUUAGUCACAGCCACGGACCUUGGUUGGCUUCACGAUCACUUCCUGACCCAAAGUUCAUUGGUAGCAUCGGUAGAGAGGCCAAGGUUGGGCUGCCACUGACUUGCCCUCAGUGCCACUUUGGUGCCAGGCUAGAAGGUUUUGAUAUAGCAAUAGCAUCCCAGGGAGGGGAGGAGGGGCCGCAAUGGAAAAGCAAAGUAGGUAUGGGGAGGACGGCUACAGGGGUGAAGUCAUAGGGCAAGAGGCCCCUGUGUGGAUGGAAGGAGAGGGCCUUAGUGGAUUUUGCAAGCAGGGUGCAAAAUCCAAGGGUGUCCACUCUGGUAUUCUGCUACAGCCAACUGGCGAAGCAAAAAUUUAUCAAACAGAAGCGCAGACGUUCUGGAAUAUUAGUGCAGCUAAAAAUGCUGUCACACUGCAUGGUGGAGCAGCUGCAGAAACCCCCCCCCCUUCAACUCUUGGCAUAGGAUUAGGCUCAAUCUCUGACCCUGGAGACCCUACUGACAGGCAGCGUGCGCAAGAGUCAGUCAGGGUUAUCGGGUCCAAUGUUCCUGUUCCAGGUUAACAUGUUGUGGGCGGGUAUGAACAUGGCUAGGACUACACUGAAGUGUGCACAUGUGUGUGUGGGGGGCUCGUCUGAAUAUUAUUUGACAGCAUCAGAAAGCACCCCCUUUUGCCAGUAUGUGGUGGAUACUUUGAAAGGGGUCAAAAGCAUGUGCAGAGUGAGGGCAAUCAUCAGUUCAAUCGGCUGACAAAUAGGGCAGGCCCAAGAAGCACAGUCCUCACUCUUGGUUGGUUAGUUUACCUUCAGUGACACUGCUGCCUACCCAGUCAGCUCUGGUAUAUGUCAGUCUCAUCCCAUGCAUUAUGUGAUUCCCUGACUGGUCCUGGAAACCUUGUCUUUGUUCAUUCUGAAGAGAAAAGAGUUGCAACAGCCCAGAGGGAAAGCAAUGGCAACAGACAUGCCUUUUAAAAAGGGAACAGGAAGGGGAUUUGGGCAUCCAAAUCUAAAGGGGGGACCUUUGGAUACACCUUUAGGUACACCUGCGUCAUCUAGCUUAGGCGUGAAAUGGGCAUGACUUGAACAUAGUGUAAUUCAGCCUUUUCCCACCUGGUGCCCUCCAGAUGUUGGACUGCACCUCCCAUGCGUCCCUGGCAUCAUGCAGUCAUGCCGGCUUGGCUCCAGGUUGGGGAAUGCUAGCGUAACCACAUCCACAUUUCUGACUGCAAAAAAGAGGCCCAGAGCUAGGGAACUUGAGACCCGCUAGAUGUUGUCAGACUGUAACUCCCAUCAGCCUCAGGUCAUGGUGAUGGGAGUUGGAGUCCAGCAAUAUCUGGAAGACCACAGACUUUCACCAGCCAGUUUAGGGCAAGUAGCCAUGUGGCCAGAGUACCACACACAACUUGGCCCUGAACAGUUUGCCUCACCAGUCACAAGCAGUUUUGUUUGCUUCCACCACCCCCCCCAAAAUGUAGGGAGCAGAAGGACGCUUACUCUUCGCCAUCUGAUCUUCUAUCUCCCAUGUGAUAGGGGGUUGGACUUGAUGGCCUUAUAGGCCCCUUCCAAUUCUACUAUUCUAUGAUUGUGCUCAGCCUCAUGUUGCCCGACAAAGUCUAGUUGGCAAAUGGAAGUGAUGUUGGGGAACGGGGCAGUCCUGAAAAGAAAGUGAUGGGAAAGUGAAUGUUUGGGAACUAAGAUGGCCUAAGGCAAGGGAAGAGGAGGGGGAGGCCGUGGCCUUUUUCUGUGCUUGGCUAGUGAGGGACCAACAGCCUUCAACUUGCUCAAGAAAUGAGAGCGUGGAGGGGCUGGCGCAGAACUAUGACACAGGCCCUGCUCAGUAACCUCCAUCUUUUGAUCUCGUGCUGGGCUCGAGGAUAAGCAGCUUUACGCCAUAUCGUGCUUUCCUCUCCUACGAUUAUGAGCAGACAGGUAACCCUAAAUGGGAAAGAUGUCGCAUGUGUACAGCUAAAGCAGAGAGGAAGACCCUGCAGCACAUUCAGUGGCUUCCUGUGUUUUGGACUUGCCAUGGAUUCCCGAGUGCACCAAAGCAGAAACGCAAAGACACUUGUGACUAUUGCUUGUGGUGAGAAUUCCAGAGGAACACUGCAGAACGGUGGAGACUAAGCUGUGAGUUUAGUUACACCUAGACCUAAGGCAGAGCUGUGUAGGGUGGAGAGUGUCAAGAAAAAUGUGGUUUCUUGGGAUAGAGGCAGAAAAUACACGAGGCUGCCAAACAAGGUCCGUGAGAAGUGAAGAGGAUGGGGAGGGGGAGCAUAACAGCCUUGAAGCUGCUCUUUACCCAGAGGCCUCUGCAAAAGCACAGCUGGCGCCUGCUCACUCUUCCUGGCUCUCCCCCACCCUCCAUGUCCCCAUUAGACCCUGCAAAGCACAGCACAGCCAGGCUCCAUGUUGUACAUACUGUAGUGCCACAGCAGAGUCCCUUCCACCUCCAUCAUCCUUUGCCCACGUCGCUCUCUGUGCGCUUUGUUUGUGUCACGUUGUAACCUGUCUUACUCUCAUACUGUUGUAGGAAUAACAAUUUAGUUCUAACCAACCAGCCCUUCGGUGGGUCCCAUGCCUCCCUGUCAUGACCAGAAAUUACAACAGUGACAAUGCGUGACAAAUGUAUGCAAUUUGCUUUUUAUUUUUUGUACAGAGAAAAAACUCCUUUGAAAUGUCUCUCUCAGCUGACGUUAACUAUUCUGGUGCUGUUACCUUGCUUUUUUUCCCUUCUAAUUUAUUUUCCCUGCCCGUUCUAGCAGUCCCCUCUGUCCCGCUGCUGUCUUUCAUUCUUAAAAAUAAUUGUCCUAUCCCUUCUUCCUUCAUUUGAAAUAGUCACUGCUACAAGUAACGAAUGCACUGUGAAGAUUCCAGUAUUAAUAAAAGUUGUACUGUAAUUAAUACAA